CUAACAACACCAUUGUGCAGUUAACAUGAAGUUUGUUAUACUGCAAUUAUGUUUGACUGUCGCGUGGGCAGCGCCUCGGUUAGACCCACUAGUGGACAGCAAGCGUGGUCUGAUCCGCGGUCUGCAGGCGACGGAUGGAGACUACGCCAUGUUCCUCGGUAUACCAUACGCUAUGGUCAAUUAUACCAAUCCAUUUGGGCCAUCACUACCAUAUCCUAACUUCGAAGAGACAUUCGAGGCCAUCGACGACACCGCCAUUUGUCCACAAAUAAACGAAUUCAAUAACCAAAUCACUGGCUCACUGGACUGCUUGCAUCUCAACUUGUACGUACCAAACACAGCGACCAGUUUAAACAGACUCCCCGUUCUCGUUUGGAUAUAUGGCGGCGGUUUCCAAAUCGGUUUCUCUGGUAGAUAUGUAUACGGGCCUAAGUAUCUAGUUAGGAAUGACGUCAUACUUGUUACUGUCAACUAUCGCGUUGGACCUUACGGUUUCAUGUGUCUGGAUACUCCAGACGUAUCUGGUAAUCAAGGCUUGAAGGACCAAUUAACCGCUUUGAGAUGGAUUAAAGAAAAUAUAAGUGCAUUUGGUGGUGACGCUAAUAAAGUAACUAUAUUCGGAGAAAGCGCUGGAGCUGCUUCUGUUGAUUUCCACUUAAUAUCUGAACAGGAGAAACUCUUCGAUAAAGUGAUUAUGCAGAGUGGUACUACAUUAGGUCCUUGGGCAAUCGUUGAAUCCAAUCCAAAUGCACCCAUUAUCUUAGCUGAUAAACUAGGUUUUGAUACUGAAGAUAGUAAUGAAGCUAUAAACUUCUUAGCAUCUGUUGAUCCCAAAUUAGUUAUAGCAGUUGCUUUAGAAUCUAAUUUAAAUUUCAUGCCAUGCGUUGAAGAAGAAUUCGAUGGUGUCGAAAGAUUCGUAACUGAACAUCCGAUAAACAGUGGCAUACCAAAAGCGAAAGACAUACCAAUUUUGACAGGUUAUAAUAAUAGAGAAAUGCUAGUAGGCGCGUCUAUCGGAGAGAGUACUGAUUUAGAUGUAUUUGAAAAAUAUUUAACGAUGUCAUUUAACUUCGAUGAUGAUGAAAUGAUGACGUUAGUUAAACAAUUUUACAUCGGUGAUGAAACUAACGUUGGUGAUGUGAAGGACAAUUUGAUAGAUUUCCAAUCAGAUAUAAUGUUCAACCAUCCAGUCCAUAGAAGUGUUCAGAAGUAUCUGGAAAAUUCUGGAAACGUCUAUCAUUACAUAUUCUCUUAUUCCGGAGAUAGGAACUUUGUUAAAUGGAGACUGAACGUGACUGAAGAUGGCGCUGGUCAUGCUGAUGAGAUUAGUUAUUUAUUCGAUGUGUCAAUAAUACAAGAAACGCCUACUGAAGAGGAUCAAACGACCAUAGAUAGAAUGACAAAAUUAUGGACAAACUUUGUCAAAUACGGAAACCCAACACCGGAUAUAACCGAACUACUACCAGUCCAAUGGACGCCAGUUACCAAGGAGGUGCUAACAUAUCUCGACAUCGACAACGAGCUAACACUAAAGAGACGACCAUUCCACGAUAGAAUGGCGUUUUUAGAUCUCUUUUAUUCUAUGAACAAGCAUUUAUUAAAAGGAUACAAAGAUUAAGAUAUAGUAUUUACUAGUUAUUACCCGCGACUUUGUCUACGCAAUAUUAA